UGACGCGGAGGCUUCGGCGCACAUGGGAGGAAGCAGCUCGUCCAGGCAGCAGCAGUUUAAAACAUGGGGAAACAGAAAACAAGGAAGUUUGCUGCGAUGAAGAGAAUGAUAAAUCUAAAGGACAACAGAAUAAAAGAAAAAGACCGUGCUAAAGCAAAAGAAAGAAAGAAGAAGGAUCCCUCAGAGCUUAAGGAACGAGAAGUCCCAAAGUAUCCAUCAUGCCUGUUCUUCCAGUACAACACUCAGCUUGGCCCGCCAUACCACGUUCUAGUCGACACCAAUUUCAUCAACUUCUCCAUCAAGGCCAAACUGGACAUUGUUCAGUCCAUGAUGGAUUGCCUGUACGCCAAAUGUAUUCCAUAUAUCACCGACUGUGUCAUGGCUGAGAUUGAGAAACUUGGAAUGAAGUAUCGAGUUGCACUAAGGAUAGCCAAAGAUCCACGCUUUGAGCGCCUGCCAUGCGCACACAAAGGAACAUAUGCUGAUGACUGUUUAGUCCAAAGGGUAACACAGCACAAGUGUUACAUCCUGGCUACUGUGGAUAGAGAUCUGAAGAGAAGAGUGAGGAAGAUCCCGGGAGUGCCCAUAAUGUACAUCUCAAACCACAGGUUUAACAUUGAACGGAUGCCUGACGACUAUGGUGCUCCAAGGUUUUAAUAUCGCUGCAGUAGAAGUGGACCUGUAAAUACACUCAAGAUUCCAGUUGACUUUUUUUUCCUCCCUUUUGUUCAUAUUUAAAAUAUCAAGUUUUGAAGUUUAAUUUGCAGAGUUUGGGAAUGGGUUGGAUAAUUUUUUUUCUGUCAUUAAAAAUGUUUUUGCAGUUUGCUGUUUGGAUAAAUAAACGAAUUAUUGAA